CCUCCCCACAAUCCCACUGUAUAUGAUUUGGCGUCAGAUACGAAGAUAGUCAAGCUGGUCGGUCUUGACAAUAUUUAACCCAUAGCUCUUCAGUUGUGGUCGUUUAUGACCCUACUCAGAAACGAGUUUAAAAAAGUGCGCACCAUGUCAACCGUCUUUAUUGCAAAGGCUAUAAUUUUGCUGGGGAGCAUUGCUGUAUCAGCAUCCCAGAACCUAACAGCAUCAUACAUGUGUUACCAAGAAGAUGGCUCCAAGUUUUUUUAUUUGCGUGUUAGUAAUGAGCGCCAUGAUCAGUGGAGCAAAGUGUAUGUCGAUGGUGCUGAACAAAGUCCUGGUUGCCAUGCCAACACCAGCUUUCCUGAAAAUCAGACAGUUGAUGGUGGAUCAGGAAUACAAGUAGAACAUUCAUCAUCCUCUUUCCUAGAGCUGAGAAUUAACAUUACUUCACAGAAUAACUGUAAUCUGACAGAGGAAUCUAAUAUCAUUGUUUAUGCCAGAAAAGACCAACAGAUCAACACAGAGAGGGACUAUGUUUUCUUCAUAAGUAGUUCUGACUGUACAUAUGAGGAGUAUCUUUCUGAAGUUUCUGUGGAGGUCCAGAGUAUUCCAGCAUUUGCCAUAAAAGGAAGGGCAGUGCAGCAUGACUUUCAGCCCAGAAUGCAGAUAGUGCCAGGGAACAUAACGGCAAGUGAUGUACUUAAUUCAGUGGAGUGGGGGAAUAUCAGCACCCCUGGUCCUCUCCAUAUUGGGACACCUGUCUGUCUCUUGAUACAAGGAAGUCAGAUGGGAGGAUUCCAAGCACUGAGGGUUCGUUCCUGCAUUGUACAACCAAGCAACAAUGACUCUUCUCUACAAAUUUCUAUGCUGUCAGAUUAUUGUGGAACUGGCAGAGGAAAACCAUCGCCAGAGAAAUGGUCAGAGUUCAGUGGUUUUAUUGGAGCCGCAGCCUCUCCUGGGGAGUUUUCUGCAGUGUCACCACCUUUCCAGCUGUUUUCAUUCAGAGGUGGCAAUACCAGUGUGUAUUUUAUGUGUACAGUGACAUUCUGCCAGUCUGCCACCAACAACCGCUGUUUUCAUAUGGGAGUAACUAAUGGCAGCUAUAGUCAGUGCAGUUUCAGAGAACCACACAGAAGACAGCGACGGUCAAGUAGAUUCCAGGCCAAUGACCAGUCCAUGGCAGUGGGGAUGACUGUGCAUAUCACCAGUGAUGCCUCUGAAACGGGUGAUACAGCAGCUGUCUUGGAACAAGGAAAUGUCAGCAGCCAAAAGAAGUUUCUGGAUAUCAUGAUUUCUCUGUCAUUCGUGGGUACAGCCCUCCUGAUUGCUGUAGUAAUUUUAUGCUGCAUGCUUGUUUUUCAAAAGAAACGGCAAACCUGUGCAAGAAAAGCAAAUCUUGUUAUUGGAGCAUGGAAGGAGAUGUAUUUGCUGCACAGGUACUGGAGAAGUGAUGAUUCCAUACCUGGAAGGCAUAUCACUUGGGCAAAGAAUACUUAAAACCAAGCAUGUUGUUGCAUCUCAGGUCCAUUUUGCACCAUGUCAUAUCUACACUGUACCACCUUCCUAUUAUAAUUUCCAAAUAAAA